AUGAACCCGGCCGCGUCAAUGGAUGUAUAUCUUGAACUUGUAAAUUUGUCAGAUAUUGCUGAAUUUAUUCAGCAAAAUUUAGUAGGGAGUGAUUCAAUUCCGGUGAUACCAGAUGAAGUGUUGGAGCAUGCGGACUUUGGACAUUCUAUGGAAGGGUUAGAGAUUACAGUUAACAAAGAAAGUGAGAUUCCGCAAGCUGAAUUGAAGAUCGCGCAGUUUAUGAAUAAGCAUGAGUGGUUUUUUGAGACUAAGGGGGUUGUAUUUGGAAAAUUGUCGGCGUAUAUAUCGAAGUUUAAUCGACACCAGUGGGAAUUCAUGGAACGAUCCGGGAUUUUAAAACAAAAAUUGUUUCCUGAAAGACUGGAGGAUGUCGUCAGGAGAAACGAAAUGGAGAAGGCCAAAUCUUUGUAA